GAGGAACAAAUUUUGAUCAAAACUCCUCUGAAAUGCAAACUUCUUUCUUUGGUAGCUAGAGUUCAAAUUUCUAACUUGAGAACAAGAAGGCAGUAUUUCGAUUAAUAUGUGCCUCAUUAAACAGAACUAUCAUACAACAACGAACAAAGAUCUUUGGAUAUUCUUCCAUUUCUGUUUUAUGUCAAAGGCAAAAAAAUUUAGAUACUUGAAUGAAUAUGUAAUAGGCUUCCUUCCAAAUUCUAACCCUGAAAAUUCUGCACCUUUCAUAUGCUUUGUACCUCCAAUUCGUUAACUCGUUAAUCACAUGUACGAACUUCCAAGAAUCAGAUUGCCUUCAUUAUCAACUUUAUGGCUAGGAAGGCAAAUACAAUCUCAAGUUUUGAAAUUGGGGUUCAUGUCAAAUAUCCUGUUGCCAACUACCUUAAUUCAUUUCUAUGCAAAUAAUAAGUAUGUUACUUCAGCGAGAAAAGUGUUUGAUGAAAUGUCGAAGAGAAGUGUCGUUACUUGGAAUGCAAUGAUAACAGGGUUUAGUUCACAGAGAGAAAAAGCUAAAGAUAGUGCCGUUGCUGCUCUAAUGUUGUUUAGAGAUAUGGUUGUUGAUGUUUGUGCGGAGAAACCGAAUGAUAUUACCAUGGUUUCUGUUCUUUCAGCUAGUUCUCAAUUGGGUGUGCUCGAGUGUGGGGCUUGUAUUCAUGGGUAUAUAGAGAAGACAAUAUGUGUACCUCAAAAUGAUAUCUUCAUUGGCACUGGUUUAGUUGAUAUGUACUCAAAGUGUGGGUGUCUAGAUAGUGCGGUGAAAUUUUUUGUGGAAAUGAAGUUAAAAAAUAAAUUAACUUGGACAGCAAUGGCAACUGGCUUGGCCAUUCAUGGGAAAGGGAAAGAAACAUUGGAGCUUUUGGAUGGUAUGGGAGCAUCUGGUAUUAAACCUAACGCUGUGACUUUCACUAGCUUGUUUUCAGCUUGUUGCCAUUCAGGCCUCGUAGAAGAGGGACUUCAUUUGUUUCACAAUAUGAAGGGAAAGUUCGGUAUUGAGCCUGGAAUACAGCAUUAUGGAUGCAUUGUUGAUCUCUUGGGCAAAGGGGGGCACCUAAAAGAAGCAUACGAGUUUAUAGCAGGGAUGCCAAUGGAGCCUGAUGCUAUCUUGUGGAGGUGUUUACUGAGUGCAUGUAAAGUUCAUGGGGAUGUUGUAAUGGGUGAGAAAGUGGCAAAGAUACUACUUCACUUGCAGCCAGAAAAGAAUUCUGUGGAAUCGGAUGAUAGCAGUGAGGAUUAUGUAGCCUUGUCAAAUGUUUAUGCUUCAGCUGAAAGGUGGGAGGAUGUUGAAAUUUUAAGAAAGGAAAUGAAGGUGAAGAGGCUAGAAACAAAACCUGGUGCCAGUUUAGUACAAGCCAUUGGUAAUCGCCUUUUGGAAGUAUUGGUAUAGAAUAAUAAAAAUUAGGAAAAUCUUGGUACGAGGCGCUUAAUUAUCAGAUUCGGUUCUGUACCACAAGAAAAGUGAAUAAUUGUAUUGGUUUUAAAUAAUAGAAGAUCGACAACUGGCAUCUAUUCAGGUGAUCUCUUGUACGUAGAAUCCAAAUUUGACCAUUGUUGGUAAAGAUCUUAUAAUUCAUCAUGUACAAAAGAUACUCCUGCUGAGCAAUUUCUUUGUGCUGUCACAGUUGGACAAGUAUAAGCUUAAUCACCUUUUGUAUGUGACCUUGUAUUUCUGCAU